AUGGCGUCAGAAGGCCCAGACCCGCAGAAUUUGCGAUCAUGGCAGGAUGCAUUCCAAUACCCCAUUCCUACCGUGCGUCGUGUGGAGCAGGAGCUGCGUCGCGACAUCGCCAGCAAUAAAGAGAAGCUCCGUGCUUUGGUUGGAACAAGAUACCGAGAGCUGGUUGGAACUGCCGAAACGAUCGUUUCCAUGAACCAGGAGAUACACGAUGUAGAUUCGACACUGGCCGACAUUGGACAAAGAUGCAAUCCCCGGUUGAUAGAAAAGAAGUUCGCUCAUUUUCACCAUAUAAGGGGAAACAUUAGUAGCAAAGAUGCGGCCAAACGAGCGCUGGGAGCUCAACUUGCUCUACUCCAACGCUGUGCGACGUCGAUUUCACAACUGUUAAGACGACAUGGCUCGUUGUUGCUCGUGGCAAAGCUCAUGGUUAUUUCUCGACUCUUGCAUAAGACGAUAUCUCAACAAAGGGCAGUUCCACCGUUCCUAGAGAAUCUGCGCACCCAAAUAGCCUCCCUCCGAGGAACUCUUCUGCGAAGGAUUGAAAAGCGUCUAGCCUUGGCAAUAUCAACGGCUGAUGAUAUAAUUGAAGCACUGGCAGCGUACUGCCUAUCUACCAGCUCUUCCUCCGACGCUGCUAUACGUCAUUUUCAUCAGGUUCGAUUGGACUAUAUCGGGAACCAGUCGGCAUCCGACGAUACGUCCGGCAAGCAGAUUUUAAACGCCUUGCGACUAUAUAUCCGGACACUACAGUCCUCCAAAGUUCUCUUCUCCCGUCGUCUAUCAGACGUUUUGGGGAAGCUAAAAGCCCGGCCCAUUCUGACGGACCCCGACAUUCGUGGGCUGGAUGAUUUAGGCCUCGACGUCUUGGGCCGCUGGGUGGCCACGGACGUCAGCAACUUCACUCCAUGGAUAAAACUAAGUGAAUUCACCAAACCCGAAGCCGAAAAACUAAUCAAACAAUGGUCGAAACAUGCGUUCGGUAAAUUUGUCGACGAGUGUCAGAAGAGCUUGACGAGCUGGCAAGACUUCUCCAGCCUGCUCGUACUUCGGGAGAAGACGCUAGAAAUGUGGCUUUGUUCUUGGAGCUCAACCCUGACCCAUUCCUCUCUCCAGGUCCUGGAAGGCCUUCGGACCCUCUUUACCGAGCAACUCAAGCAAAUUUUAUCGGAUCAAGCCAGAUCUCUUGACGUCUUUAGCCUUGAUAUCGCAACCUUGCUAUCGAGUUGGGACGAUAGAGAACACGUGAUGCCUCGGUCGCUUUGGGAUCAUGAACUCAUGUCACUGGAUUAUUCACAUGGGGCUUCUAUUUUCAAGGCAACGAUUGCCGAUAGGUUACUUGGCCGAGAUGAGGAGGUCUCGGGUGUUCUUGAGAAAUAUCAAGGCUGGCUCUCCUUGGUUGAGAGAUCCAGACAAUCUGUUGAUGAACUGCGCCGAGUGCACUGGACCGAUGUAUUGGAGGGCGAGGAUGCUGAUUCUGAGAUCGAUACAGCGGCUACGUUGAAUGAAGAUGAUACUCAAAUAUUAUGGGAAGCGCUGCAGUCGGCUGUCAGGGCAGCGUUUGAUACCCUGGAUUCCUCGUUCAACAGUAUAUUUAAGGGUUUUGGUGCCUCGAGCCAAAGUGGCAAGGCGGCAUUCUUGUUGAAACUUAUCAGGCUAGUGCGGCGAGAUCUUCCGACUGAAUUCGUUGACAGCGGGUUUGCCCUUGCAAAGGACAUUGUCCCUCAGUUGCAGGAAAUGCUCGCUACCGAAGUGGUCAUGCACACGCAGCCGUUAAGAUUGAUUACUGGCUCGAGCCCUAAGAUUCCAAGAGUGCCAGGGCGAACGCUCUGGGAGGGAGAUCCCGAAUGUCCCGUUCAGCCAUCGCCGUCUACCUUUAAAUACCUGCAUCGACUUGUGGAAUCCAUGGACAGGCAAGGCCCUGGCAUCUGGGAUGUGUCUACUAUCAAUGUUCUCAAGCACAAUGCGCAGAAAAAGCUAUCGGGAUCUAUUGCCUCCGCCCUCGAGGCUCUAAAUUCUUCUAGAAUCACCGACGGAGCCACCGCUAGUGCACCACCAGAGGGUGAAAAGCCAGAUGGUAGCAAGAGUGACAGCAAGGAGCCUGGCAGCACUGGCGAGGUUGAGGAACACAACAUUCAUGACUGGAAACUGCAAUUAUACUUUGACAUGGGCUACUUGGGGAAUGCGUUGGCAGUCAAGGGUUUGGAACAUGGUGAGUUCACUGAUAUCUGUUGCAAGCUCCGUGAGGAGCUUGCUUCCGAUGCAAAUCUCGUCAAGUCUAUUGAUCAGGGGGCUGUUGAAUAUUGGAAACGUACGCAGUUGUUGCUAGGACUUUUGGCGGUGGGUGCCGAACAAUAG